GGGUGGAGUCAGGAAGCGGUGUGCUCCGGAAGUGACGUCAGAGGGAGGCCCCGCCCGGUUGUUGUUGUCGUCGCUGUCACCGCUCGGUAACAUGAAGUGGAUGUUCAAGGAAGACCACGCACUGGAACACAGAUGCGUGGAGUCGGCGAAAAUCCGAGCCAAAUAUCCAGACCGUGUUCCGGUCAUCGUGGAGAAAGUGUCCGGUUCACAAAUUGUGGAUAUCGACAAGCGAAAAUACUUGGUCCCUUCUGAUAUCACCGUGGCUCAGUUUAUGUGGAUCAUCAGAAAACGCAUCCAGCUGCCUUCAGAAAAAGCCAUCUUCUUGUUCGUAGAUAAGACUGUGCCUCAAUCCAGCCUAACCAUGGGACAGCUGUACGAGAAAGAAAAAGACGAAGACGGCUUUUUGUACGUGGCGUACAGCGGAGAGAACACGUUUGGCGUUUAGCUAUAAUGACCACUUGUGAAUCUUGUAAAUACCGUUGGUGGUUUUAACACGAUGCAUACGUCUCCACCCUAUAGGGCCGAUGCACACUAACUGGAUGCGUUCUUUUCUUUUACUUACCUACGUUUUGUCCUUCAUCUAUGUCUUAGUCUAGUUAUUUAACGUAAUUUAUUUCUCGUGCUUUGUGAAGAACCAACUUUUCCUGCCAAAGGCACUGGCAUUGUAGUGGGCAUCAAUGAAGGGGUUAAAUAAUAGUACAGCUAUAGAAGGUGGGGUUCAGUGACCACACCAGUAGCAUUCAUCAUACAUAUGGAAUUUUUUUUUUAUUAUUUUGAAGACAUGAUGUAAUUUGCUGACAUUUAGGGUCCAUUCACACGUCCGUGGAAUGGGUCCGCAUCCGUUCCGC